AAUCUAGCCGUUUUGACCCUGUGAUUUUAUGGCAUCAGCCAAACAUAUGAGCUUUGCAUUGCGUGAGAAUUUAAAACCCAGUGAUUGCGCCUUUGAUUAACUUGUAGAAAUGAGAAAUCCGUGUGGGGAUGCAAAUUGAGAGAUAGGAAAUACAAGGGAGAGGAAACAUUAAAGAGAGAAGGGGCUUCCAAGUUUCAACGAUGGUGAUCGAUGGAGACGAGUGAUUGCAGAGAAGUUCGUUGUUCAUAUUGCUGGGAUGUGAGAGAGAGUGUGUAAUAAUUGACCCGUUAACAACUACUCCACUCGUCAACACCGUCCUCUCCAAGACUGCAACUACCACCUCGUAAACCCUAAGCCUGACCGGAAAAUGGAAUCCAUCAGCGUUCUAAUGCCUCGCCCUACUUUCCCCUACUUAGAGGAACAGCUCGACGGGCGCUUCAAGCUAUUCCGCCUCUGGGACAAUCGGACUGAGAUCCAGUUCAACAACGACAGUGCAAUUGCCAACUCCAUACGCGCCGUCGUUGUGAACUCCGUCGACGGCGCCGACGCGGAUCUGAUAGGCAAGUAUCCAAAUCUUGAGAUCGUGUCGUGCUAUGGCGUAGGGGUCGAUAAGAUCGACACGAGAAAGUGCGCAGACAAGGGGAUUCGGGUGACCAACACUCCGGAUGUGUUGACUGAUGAGGCGGCAGAUUUGGCCAUCGGAUUGAUUUUGGCCCUCUUGAGGAGGCUGUGUGUGUGUGAUCAGUACGUUAGAAGUGGAAAAUGGAAGCGAGGUAACUUCAACCUCACCACAAAGUUCUCUGGUAAAACAGUUGGCAUUCUUGGACUGGGAAGAAUUGGCAAGGCAGUUGCUAAGAGAGCUGAAGCAUUUGACUGCACAAUAUGCUACCAUUCAAGAACAGUAAAGCCAGAGUCCAAAUACAGGUACCAUCCAAGCGUUGUGGAGUUAGCAUCCAACUGCGACAUACUCGUGGUGGCACGCUCGCUCACAAAAGAAACAGAACAUAUUAUAAAUGGUGAAGUGAUGAAUGCACUUGGUCCUAAGGGUGUUUUGAUCAAUGUUGGAAGAGGGAAGCAUGUUGAUGAAGCAGAGCUGGUAUGUGCACUGCUUGAAGGUCGCUUGGGUGGGGCUGCACUUGAUGUGUUCCAAGACGAGCCAAAUGUGCCUCAACCAUUGUUUGGGUUGCAAAAUGUUGUUCUUACACCUCAUAUAGGAAGUGCCACUGUAGAAACUCGCACUGCCAUGGCCGACAUUGUCAUUGCAAACUUGGAGGCUUACUUUCUGGGCAAGCCUCUUUUGACUCCAUUCCUUUAAUUACAUGCAAUUAUGUCCAAGACUUCUUUUUUCCCCCCUUUAAUUGAAAAAAAGCAAGUUGUUUUUGUUUCGAAACAGUACCUGCUCAAUAUGAUCAUUAUUAUCCAUCUAGUUUAAGUAUUGAGAAACUCGCCUUGUUUAUGGAAGAAGAAUAUGAUCAUCUAUACAACUCGGUAUGCUUUCUUAACGAAUAAAGUGUUUAAAUGUCAUG